AAUAUGACACUAUUUGGUAAAAGUUUCAUCUGUAAUUCAUUGCUACGAAAUUACUUGUGCUCAAACAUUCACUUGCGACAAUGGAAAUAUUUUGGCAGUUCGUUCACAACAAACAGUUCAACUAUUUAUGCAUUGUCAUCAGGUAAUUUUUACAUUUACCUCAAAAUUAUCUCAUUUUCUCUCUUUUUUUUGGGUAAUUUCGUUUCGAAUUUGACGAAAUUCUUUGACUUAAAAUCGUGAAUUAAAGAGUUUUUUAAACGUGACAAUAGACGCAAUGUUAUUGUGUUAUUUCGUCUGCUAGUUCACUUUGUUUAUUUAGACAACUUUGAAUUCGAAAAUCGAAAAGUGUUUCAAGCUUUAGAAAUUGUUUAUCUCGUUGUCAAAAUUAUAAUAAUUUGGACAGGGAAAAUGUGGAGUAGCUGUGGUCAGGAUUUCCGGCUUCGAAGCCUUGAAAGCUUUGCAAAAGAUGACAAAUUUGUCAAAUCCAAAACCAAAGACUGCAUUUCUUCGCAAAAUACACGAUCCGGAAACUGGAGAAAUUAUAGAUAAAGGAUUAUGCCUAUGGUUUCCUGGCCCGAAAUCAUUUACUGGCGAGGAUACGGUCGAAUUUCAAGUUCAUGGCGGACCAGCAGUUUUAACAUCCCUAAUGUCAGCACUGGCGAAACUUGAAUUUCGUCCCGCUGAACCCGGUGAAUUCACAAGGCGCUCCUUUUACAACAAUAAAUUGGAUUUAACCGAAAUCGAGGGCCUGGCGGAUUUAAUUCACGCCGAAACUGAACAACAACGAAAGCAAGCUCUCCUACAGGCGAGUGGUGCACUACGUGAAUUGUACGAAAAUUGGCGACAAUCGCUCAUGAAAAAUAUUGCCCAUCUCGAGGCGUACAUUGAUUUCAAUGAGGAGGAGAAUAUCGAGGACAAUGUUCUCGUUGAAUGUAACGACAAUUUACGUGAUAUUGUUAAGAGAAUGGAGAAUUAUCUCGCCGAUGGAAGGAGAGGUGAGAUACUGCGUAAUGGCGUGAAAACGGUGAUUCUAGGUAAACCAAAUGUGGGAAAAAGUAGUUUAUUAAAUAAUCUUGUACGACGUGACGCUGCAAUUGUCACGUCACUCGCUGGCACGACACGUGAUAUUGUUGAAUUGACAUUUAAUGUAUCCGGUUAUCCGGUAAUUUUGUCCGAUACCGCUGGACUGACGAAUGAUUCCAAAGAUUUUAUCGAACAAGAAGGAAUAAGACGAGCGAGACUUCAUGCGAUUGAUGCCGAUUUUAUUAUUUUAGUCGCUGACGUUGUGGAAUUUGUGAGAAUGGAAAAAUCUAUAGAGGAAUUUAUUCGGGAUUAUAUGGAAAAUUUGGAAUUAAAUCAACUUUUGAGUGAGGAGAAAAAUUAUAUAAUUGUCAUGAAUAAACUCGAUUUAAUCGAGAACGACAGAAGACAAGUUUUACUGCAAAAUUUUCGCGAUAGAAAUAUUAUUGGAAUUUCUUGUGAGGAGAAGGAAGGAUUUGAAAAUUUACUUGAAGGAAUGACGAAAUUUUUCGUCAAAAUUUGUGGAAAUCCGUCGAGGGAAAAUCCAACAAUUAGUCAAACAAGACACAGAAUUCAUUUAACGAAUUGUUUAAAUUACAUGAAAAAUUAUUUUCAAAUAAUUUCCACUGAUAAUCACGAUAUUGUUAUUGCUACGGAGGAGAUUCGUCAAGCAAUGAGAGAAAUUGGUAAAUUAACCGGCCACGUUAGUACUGAACAAAUUCUCGAUAUUAUAUUUAAAGAUUUUUGCAUUGGAAAAUAAAAAUAUUUUCGUAAAA